AUGGUGUUCUUCCUGGACUAUAUCCAUCACAGACGGGACUGCAAGUUCAAGCAGGAUGAGAGAGCAGAAAGGCUCCGAGCACUGACCCGAUAUCGUGGUCCCUUCACUGCUCUAGACAGGGAGAUCGUUGACAAGCCAAUUGAGGAGCUUGUUCAAGAUGUCCACAAGGGUGAACUUCAGCCCGCGGAUCUUCUCAGCACGUACGCCAAGGUCGCGUUGAAGGCCCACGAGAAGACAAAUUGCCUCACCGAGGUUAUGAUCUCGGCCGCAGAGGGCUGGGUCCAUGAUGGUUCAAUCAAUAUGAAAGGCCCCUUGGCUGGCAUCCCCGUGAGCUUGAAAGACACCAUCAACGUCGGCGGCUUCGACUCGACCGUGGGGUUCAGCAGCUUCGUGGGUAACAAGCAGACACAGGACGGUGGCGUCGUUCGCCUGCUCAAGGAUGCUGGAGCUGUGCCCUAUGUCAAGACCAAUAUGCCCAUCACGCUACUGAGCUUCGAGUCCACGAACGAUGUCUGGGGACGGUGCACAAACCCCUUCAAUAUAAAGUACUCGCCCGGUGGAUCGACCGGUGGCGAGGCAGCUCUUUUGGCUCUGGGUGGCAGGAUCGGCAUUGGCAGCGACGUGGCUGGCAGUGUUCGAGCUCCUGCUCACUUCUCUGGCAUCUACAGUCUGCGGUGCUCGACCGGACGGUGGCCCAAGGCCGGCUUUGCGACGAGUAUGCCAGGCCAAGAAGGGAUACCCAGUGUCUACAGCCCCAUGAGCCGGACCCUCAACGACUUGACCUACUUUACGCGCUCGAUGAUCGGCAUGCAACCCUGGAAGUAUGACCACUCUGUACACCCCUUGGCCUGGAGGCCUGAGGUCGAGAACGAGUACGCCACGAAGAGCAAGUUUCGUGUUGGUGUGAUGAGGACCGACGGUGUCGUAGACCCAAGUCCUGCGUGUCUCCGAGCCCUCGAGAAAACAGAGGCGGCCUUGAGGUCAGCAGGCCACGAGAUCGUGGAAAUUGACCCGCCAUCACCUUAUGAAGCUCUGUAUCUCGGCGCACAUCUACUAAACGCCGAUGGUUGCCAGAUGUUCAAGUCGUUCUUUAGGUUCGGCGAGUGGAACGACGAAGGAGCUCACCAGAUGGACUGGCUGAUGAGACUGCCUCGGCCGUUCAAGUACGUGUACUACCUGUGGGUGAAGUACGUGCGCAGGGACGACAUCUGGGCUGGGCUUGUCCGGAACUGGCAUCAGAAGACAGCCUAUGAGAACUGGCAGCUCGUUGCUCAGCGGGAGGCAUACAGGGGCAGAUGGUUUGACUGGUGGAACAGCGUCGAUGUUGACUUUCUGCUGACCCCUCCGAAUGCGACGCCGGCUGUGCCGCAUGACGGCAUGAAGGAAGCCGUGAGCAGCUGUGGCUACACGUUCCUCUUCAAUGUGCUGGACUACACGUGCGGUUGCAUUCCUGUGACUCAUGUUGACAAAGGCCUCGAUAAGCUUCCGCCUACUUUCAACAUCAAGAAGUUGAACGGAGUUGCGCAGGGUGCCUACAAACUGUAUGAUGCGGAGGCCAUGCACGGUCUCCCGGUUGGAAUCCAGGUUGUGGGCAGACGGCUAGAGGAGGAGAAAAUGCUGGCUAUCAUGAAGAGAGUCGAGGACGCACUGGGCAAGGAUAAGUAUAGGCUGCUUGGUAUAGAUUGA